AUGAAGAUCUUGUUCCUUGCGUCUUUGACGACGGAAACUGGAAAUUUCUCCACCGCCGAUCGACUUAGGUAAGUGUUCGCGAUCUAAUUAAGUGUUCGUAAUUGUUUUAUGUUGGCGAACAGGUACUACUAUCAACGAUUAACCUCGAAAAUAUGUAAUCGGAGGUCACCUUUUGGUCGCAUUUUGGGAAGGUAAUAUUUCUAUUUGGCAGAUUUAUCAAUUAGAAGAGCUUUUAUUUUGUUAAAAUAUAAAACGGAAUAAUAUCAAAGUGCCCUUAGAUAUUGAAAGAUAUCUGCAGGUUCUAAAGGUCCAUACGCUGACCGGUUUGCAAUUCUCACAAAAAUUUCGUGGCUGUGUGUAUCUGUAUUCGGGAAAUAUAGACAUUAAAGAUUCACGAGAACUUUUCAGGACUUCUUUGCCCGUCAAAACCUCGUGUAGCUAGUUUAACAGAUUAAUAUACCGGAAAAUUAGAUUUAUUUUCAAAAAUAAUGUAAAAAUAGUUUAAUAAACUGGCUAAAUGGCAUAUGUAACUAUCGAAUAUUGGUUUGAGUUUAGUGCAAAAAUUUCUUAUGUACUUCAGUUUAAGGGACUGAAAACCAAUUUUUUUUAUGAUUAGAGAAAAUUUGGAAAUAUUUUGAAAGUGUUUAGACAAUCUUUGGUGAUUAUGUCAAAUAAAUUUUCAGAAAUCCGAUUUUUGAGAAGGAGGAAAUCUCACAUAUUGUAGGCUUAGAAAAAGUAAACAGGCACAUAUAUGUGUUUUCAGGGUACUGCAAGUUUAAAGUAUCUUUUCUUUUCUCGCUGGUAAAUUCCUAGGAGGUGUCUAACUGAUUAUGACAUAGCCUGCUGCUUGCGUUGUGUGACAUCCUUUGAAGACAGUGAGUCAGUAAACAAGUUUGUUAAAACUGAUGGUUUCCAGUGUGCCAUUGGCAUACAUGCUUGGAGAGCUGGACGGCUAUUAUUAGGUAAGUCAGUAUCUAAACUAACCCAAUACAAAACUUUUGAAACACCUUCCUGGACACAAUUUUUGCUUCUACAUGAGUUUGUCUUAAUGGAUGAUAAGAUCUAACAUAAGUGAGACACAGGCAGACUCAUAUGGGAAUCUGAGACAGGAGUCAUGAAUCCAUUUGAUUAUUGAUUCUGUUAUGAUUUUGAUCAAGGUUACCUGCACAGUAAUUAACCUGCAUUUAACAUGUCAUCAAAAUGAAACUUCUCCCAACUAAGUCAGGGUGGAAUUUUUGUGUUGCAUCUUGAUAUGAGAUGUUAAUCUCUUUGCUAAUAUUCCUGAUAAUGCAUAGAAGGUAGAUUGGAGAACCACAGAUCUUAAAAAUGAAAGGGUAAAUACUGCAAUUAAUAUUAAUGUGUGAUAGAUAAAUUGAAAGAAAUGGGUUGAGCAAUUCUCAUUAAACAUAGUAAUUAUAGAAAGUGGAUAUGAUAAUUAAAGAGAUAUGAAAAUUUCCUUUUUAACCCUUUGCCAGAUUGCCCAGUGCCAUUUGCCAUUAUAUUUGGAGGAACAGAUCUUAAUGAAUAUGACAGAGACAAAGAGAAGUUUGAGACUAUGACCAAAGCCAUCAGGAAGGCAAAGUAAUGACAUAAACUCAGAAUCAAAUUUACUUGCUUGUUUGUUUAGAGAUUUUGCUAUGUGAAAGUGGAUGGAUCAUACUUUUUGUUACAGUUAAGGAAGGACAUACUUUGGAAGAGAAAGAACUGCAGACUAUCUAUUGUUAUCAGUCACUUCUGGUAAUAUCUGAACAUCCUUUGAAAUCUUGCUCGAGGGGGCAUCUUCAGACAUGUUUGGUCCUUUCACAAAAAAUCCUGGAAAAAUAAUUUCAUACCGUGAUAUAUCAUUGAGACUUCUUUGGGGCAUUAUAGCAUGUUUAAAGUGUCAUUAGGUGAUGAAUAAGGAAAUCAAAGUGUCUCAAUCAUGAUUUUAAGCGGUAUGAUUGUAAUGCACUUUUCCACUCUCCUACAUGGCUUUUAUUGCCACUGAGUGUUCUCAUUCAUUUCUAUUAUCAGGUACCUUGUGGCCUUCAGCUCUUCAAUGAAGAAUCAAGCAGUGGUUCUGUGGGUGGGUUUUGAACAAUAAAAUUAUUAUCUGUAAAUAUUAAGAUUUGAGAGAUUAAAGUAGUUUUUAAUGAAUGCUAAAAAUGGUCUUUGCAAUCAUGGAGAUUAGGGCACAUUUCUUGUCAAACAAUUCAUUAUAAAACAUAAAUGGUGCUGUGUUUCACUUUUUUCUCAACACAAAAAAUUGGUAUUUUUUCCAUUUUGCUUUACAGCCAGAUUGUGAAGAGAAGAUAAUUUUACAGCCACAAGGUAAUCAAUGAAUCUUGCUUCAUAAGUUAAGUUUAGUAUGCAUUUCAUAUUAUUUUUUUUAUGUUUAACUUGAAAAAAAAAUUGUACCUAAAAAGGUCAUUACUUAUUGCCUUAAUCAGUCUUUCACUUCAUAACUCUUGCAGCAGUUUGUGUUGAGCCUUCAGGAUUUCUGUUCCAUGACUAUUGCAAACAAGUCAUUGGUGAGCAAUAAAUAAUAUGCAACUUAACGAUUAUAGUGUUCUAAUACUAGAGUUCAGUUUUCUGUCAUUUAUCUGAAGUUGUUCCAUUUCACCUUGGUUUAACUUCUCCUUGCUGGCAAUUGAAGGUGAAAAAACCAAGGAGAUUUUUGAGUGGCUCUCAACCUGACCAUAAGAAUAUCUUAAAGCCAUAUUAAAUGUUUUUUUUGGAUUUGUUUUGUUGUUGAUGUUGUUUUUAAUUUCAUUUAUAGUUUGAGUGGUGUUUUUUGUUUCUUUUUUAGAUGCACAGAGACAACAUCAAAUUUCAAAUGGUUUCCUCAGUCACAAACAUUCUGGCUUAGUGAGUUAAUCAAGUAUAUACUUAAAAUUAUUAAUUAUAAUAAUUUAGCGUCACUCUCUCAAAUUUGGUAUUUCAGUAAUCAGUACUGAGAAGUAACUGGGUAAUAAUAUUGCAAAUCUUCAGUUACUGCAUUUAACAGAUUAAAAGAAAACAAUUUCUCUUGCUGUAUCUUGGCCUGACUAAUGUUUUUCACAUUAAUGUAUACAGCCUCCUUGAAUUCCAAAACACUAUCUUAUCAGAAUCAGUUUACCUCUUAUGACAUCAUUUUGUUUUUAUAGACUGUGUUUUUGUUGGUUGCUGGUUUAAGGCGAGUGAAAGACCCUCUUUAUCUGGCAGAGUCAAUAUCAGGUGGGUGUGAUGCUUUGGCUCAUUGGUGCGACAAGCCAAUCAGAGCUUAUGUACCAUGGUUUGAACCUUUGACCCCUUAGAGUGAUUAGCAUCUAAUUUCUCCUUACAAUCUCAAGAAACUCUUGAUUGUGAAAUAAAUUCUCCUUGCCAGCACAUUAGGAAAUGUUUGGGAAAUAGUAUGGAGAAUAUGCAUAUUGAUGUUAGGGUGUGGAGGGUUAAGUUAAGACUUUUCUUAACCCUUCAAUUUUAAGGGCAUAAUUUCCAUUGUCAAAAAUUAUCUUCAUUUUCACUUCAUGUUAGCUUGAUGUAGUGUUGAAAUUGUAAGAAGGAAAAAAGAAGUAGUUCAUUAUCUGUCAAUUGUUCCAACUAACACCUUCCUUGAUAAUUAUUGUUGUAGAGGCAUCUAUAAUACUUAGAACAUUAAUUUUUCCCUUAGAAUGGCAUAAAGAUGACAAUAGCAUUCACUUAGUCAUAGUAGGACCAGAGGUGAGUUUCUGUUUAAACCAAUAGGAAUUUUUUGUCUUUUUGUCCCUCUGUUGGUUUAUCAUAUAAUUACUUGAGCACAGGUGGGUGGGGAUGGGGAUGGGGAUUUUCCACCUCCAUGCCACUCUCCCUCACCCCUCAGUUCCCAUUCUGCUCUACAUCCCUCACCCCUCAUUCCUCCACUCCCAUCCUUGCUCCAUGCCCCCCUCUCCUUACCACUCUGUCCCUCUCCCCCACCCCUACCUCUCUCUCUCUCCUCUCACCCCAACCCUUCACUUUUCUGUACUCUUCACCCCCUUAACCUUUUUCUCCUUCUCUAGUACCCCUCACUUCUCCCCAUCCCUCUUCCAUCCCCACCCCAUCCCAUUCUUUCCCCCCCAUUCUCCCCCCCAUCACCUGCCUCCAUACCUCUGCCCCCUCUCCUCCCCUUCUCUCCCCACCCCUCACCUUCCAUCCCUUUUCCCCCUCUCAUCUCUUCAUCCUUCUCUCCCCACCCCUCACCUUUCCACCCUUUCCCCCUCUCAUCUCUUCAUCCUUCUCUCCCCACCCCUCACCUUUCCACCCUUUUCCCCCUCUCAUCUCUUCAUCCUUCUCUCACCCCACCCUCACCUUUCCACCCUUUUCCCCCUCUGUCAGUCCUUCUCCUCCAUCCUUCUCUCCCCACUUCACUUCUUUCCCCACCCCUCACCUUUCCACCCUUCAUUCUUCUUCAGUUCUCUCUUCAUCCUUCUUUCCCCAUCCCUCACCUUUCCACCCUUUCCCCCCUCUCAUCUCUUCAUCCUUCUUUUCCCAUCCCUUUCCCAAUAAGCCCUCACCUUUCCACCCUUUUCCCCCUCUCAUCUCUUCAUCCUUCUUCCCCUCUCUCUCAUCCUUCUUCCCCAUUCCUCCCUCUCAUCUCUUCAUCCUUCUCUCCCCACCCCUCACCUUUCCAUCCCUUUUUCUCACAUUUCACUUCUCCAUCCUUUUCCCCCACCCCCCCCCUCUCCCCCCCCCCCUCCCCCCCCCCUUUCACCCCUCACCAUUGCAUAUCUUCCUCUUCCUUUUUUCAUCAUGUCUCCAUCAUCCAUCCCUCACGCCUGGCCUCUCUGUCCUGCUUCAUCUCUCUAACCCUCAUUAAUCCUUACCCUCCUCUCCUUAUAUUUUUGUCUUAAAAUAACUCAUGCAACCUAUUUAGUUUCUCACAGGUAUGUAUUUUGUAUAAGGCACAGCACUCGGAUACUGCACUUUUAAGUAAACAUAAAAUUAUAUGAUUAAACUUUAAACACUUGCAUCACAUAAUCUUUAAAAAUUGAUAUUUGCUAAGCUUAAAGCAUUAAAUGGCUGAUUAAACUUGAGAGAGCACCGUUUAAAUUAAUUUAAUUUAACUGCACAGCCAUCAUAACACACGUGCACUUAAUUUAAAGAGCUUGAUGAAUUUGUAUUUUAUGUUUGCUUUUGUUUUCUUUCUCUUAUGUUAAUAGCUUGACACUGAAUUUGCGAGAGAGAUCAAAUCUAAAGUGCAGAGGUAUCAAUAACUGGAUAUAAACAUAAAUAAACCUCUGUGUACUGAGAAAAGGUUUUUAGGAAGAAAACGUGUCAAUGGCCUGAAAUUUAAAGGAUUUUGAAAGUUUUGUGUUCUUGACAAAAUAAAACACAAUAACCUACACAAGAAUUAAGAAAUUGAUUUAGAUUCCUCCUCAGGAACGAAGAACCCUUUGAAAUGUGCCUCACUCCCAUAGUGUGAGUUCAUGACUCACUUGCUAGUAACGCCAAACUAGUGCCUGGGAGGCAGGGUUUGAAUCGAGUCAAAGCCUGAAUUUUUGUCAAUCUUCUUUUCUACAAUUGCCUGUAAAGUACAGCUGAUCUGCAAGGAUCAUUGCUUAAGUUACCUGAGUUUAUAAUUUGCAAAUUUCAUACCAUAGGCUUAAUUACUCCUGUAACUAGUGACAUUUUCAGUUCUGCUAAAUGAUUUCUCAGGAGAGAUUUGUUACACUCCCUUUUAUGUUACUUGAUGUAUGUGGGGUACUAAACUUCAUGUUACUAACUUUCCAAGAUAAUUUUGCAAUGACAAAAAAUGUGAAAAUGAAUCCCCAAUUUGUAGAUGAAAUAUACUUUCUCCAACUGCAGUGCAUAAAUACCACAGGUCAGAUGUUUAAAUUUCAUGGUUACCAACUUUUGGAAUUGUAACUAUCACUUGUAGAUUUCCAGGAGUUUACAUUUUUCCGCCAUUGCCAGCAUGUGAUCUCCAUGCAGCAAUGCAAAGCUGCUUCGCUGUUGUAAACAGUUCAACCAGUGAAGGAAUGGCAUCUGCUCUUUUAGAGGUUAGUCAAUCAGUAAUAAAUUUAUCACCUGAAUCGCCGCCAACGGACUGCAUCAGAACUAAGACUUAAAUCAAAGCUGUAUUUUACAAAGUAAAAAAGCUUUCCCUCUCUCUUAUUUUUCAUUUGAAAAUCUCCUCAAACGUGACUCUGACAGGACAAUUGUAAUAUCAAGUAUUGUAGCUGCAGCAAGUCCAUUGCAAAAGGCAGCGCGUGCGACGAAAAGAAACGCACGUGCAAUGUUAUGAUCGCGUGCGCUGCCUUUUGCCAUGAACUUAGAGCGCGGGCGCAGCUUGAUUUGUCUUGGUCCAGGCAACUGAGGUCAAACAUAGAUGUGUCUUUUCUAUCGCAAACUCCGAUUGAUCCGUCUGCCAUUAACUCGAAUAUUUGGUUUAUUUCAACACACCGUAAUUGGUUUAUCGUAUGAAAAAAGUGACUAGUUAAAAAUCCGAUUAUUGUUAUCAUAGAAGAACGAAUUUUCUUCAAGCAUUCGCACUUUUUUUUCUUCCUGAAAAUCGUUAACGACUACCGACCGGUCAAUUAUCAUAAUUGAUGGCCUUUCGCAAUGGUGUAAUGUGAGGCCUUUUUUCCUUUUCGCAUAUUCUAACUUUUUAUGUUUUUGUCCGAUAACAGUCCAUGGCACUUGGUGUUCCAGUACUGGCACGAAUCAUUCCUGGAAACUCUGCAGUGAUAAAACACAAAGAAACUGGUAUUCUCUAUAAUUCACCCGAGGUUUGUUACUCAGAUAAAGUUUUCUUUUUCCCGAAAGAAAAGUGACGUAAUUAAAGUAGUAUUGAAUUGACUUUCUAAAGUGCCUCUAAUUGCUCUAUUUAUACAUUUUGAUUUUUAAGAAACACAUCCUAGCCCAAUAAGAUUUUAUCCUUUUUCUGCAUACAUUGCAGUGGCGGAUCUACGGGAGGAGCCGGGGGGGGGCCGCCCCGCCCUCCCCUUCCCUAUUUUGGGUAAAAAAAGAAAGAAUCGCAGAAAGAAGAAAAGCCGGAAGGGCAAGCGACAAAAAACCGGGGUCCCCCCUUAGCUCGAGGUCUGGAUCCGCCACUGCAUUGUUAGUUACCUUGAUUCCGCUUGUCACUGUAAUCAUAUUAGAAAUAUAAGGUUUCAGUUUUUGAAUACUUUUUUUGAAGGCGUUGUGCUAAAUAUGAUGUCUUCAUCGAAACUUUGCUUUCUUUAGCCUGUAUAUCAUUUUGUUGUGUUUUGUUCACUUAAGUUAACAAUACCUGGUGUCAUGACCAGAAGAAAUCGUUGAUGCCAUGAGAAUUUGAAAAGGCCUUAACUGCGCUUAAAAUCGACGCAAAUUAUCAACUAGAAAAUCCAACCACACUAGAAAUAACGUAUUGAAGAAGUCCAGUUUAGUAAUGUACUCUUCACUUUUAACAUUAGAAAAUUGUACCAUGAUGUUUCUUUGUUGUUUCCCUGAAAGGAAUUUAUCACACUUGCCAAAGAAUUAAAGAAAUCUCCUCAACUUCGCAACUACAUAACAACGAAUGCUAAAAAGUACAUUGGCGAGCAUCACUCUGUUGAGAAAGAAACUAAAACAUACAAGUGGCUUGUGAAGAAACUUAUUUCACUUCAGCGGCAACAGUCUGGGUCCACCUUCGAGGAGUCGAGGGAAAUUCUGACAUAG